AUGCCUCCUCAGCUCCACAACGGCCUCAACUUCUCGGCCAAGGUCGUCCAGGGCAGCCUGGACAGCCUGCCCCAGGCAGUGCGCGAGUUCGUGGAGACCAACGCCAGCCUGUGCCAGCCCGAGUGCAUCCACAUCUGCGAUGGCUCCGAGGAGGAGAACCUGCAGCUGCUGCACGAAAUGGAGGAGCAGGGCACCAUCAAGAGGCUGAAGAAGUACGACAACUGCUGGUUGGCUCUCACUGACCCCAGGGACGUAGCCAGAAUCGAAAGCAAGACAGUCAUCAUCACCCGAGAGCAGAGAGACACAGUGCCCAUCCCCAAGAGUGGCCUCAGCCAGCUGGGCCGCUGGAUGUCGGAGGAAGACUUUGAGAAAGCGUUCAACGCCCGGUUUCCUGGGUGCAUGAAAGGUCGCACUAUGUAUGUCAUCCCCUUCAGCAUGGGGCCCCUGGGCUCGCCUCUGGCCAAGGUCGGCAUCGAGCUGACGGACUCGCCCUACGUGGUGGCCAGCAUGCGCAUCAUGACGAGAAUGGGGACGCGCGUCCUGGAAGCUCUGGGGGACGGGGAGUUCGUCAAGUGCCUCCAUUCCGUGGGGUGCCCCCUGCCUCUGAAAAAGCCGCUGGUCAACAACUGGGCUUGCAAUCCCGAGCAGACGCUCAUCGCCCACCUGCCUGACCGCAGGGAGAUCAUCUCCUUCGGGAGCGGCUACGGCGGCAAUUCGCUGCUGGGGAAGAAGUGCUUCGCGCUCAGGAUGGCCAGCCGGCUGGCCAAGGAGGAGGGCUGGCUGGCAGAGCACAUGCUGAUCCUGGGCAUCACCAGCCCCCAGGGCCAGAAGAAGUACUUUGCGGCUGCGUUCCCCAGUGCCUGCGGGAAGACCAACCUGGCCAUGAUGAACCCCAGCCUGCCCGGCUGGAAGGUCGAGUGUGUGGGUGACGACAUCGCCUGGAUGAAGUUCGACCAGCAAGGGAACUUAAGGGCCAUCAACCCAGAGAAUGGAUUUUUUGGUGUUGCUCCCGGAACCUCUGUGAAGACCAACCCCAACGCCAUCAAGACCAUCCAGAGGAACACCAUCUUCACCAACGUGGCCGAGACCAGCGACGGCGGCGUCUACUGGGAGGGCAUCGACCAGCCGCUGGCCCCUGGGGUCAAGGUCAUCUCGUGGAAGAACAAGGACUGGACUCCCGGGGACGAGGAGCCGUGUGCCCACCCGAACUCGCGGUUCUGCACCCCCGCCAGCCAGUGCCCUAUCAUCGACCCUGCCUGGGAGGCUCCGGAGGGCGUGCCCAUCGAGGGCAUCAUCUUCGGAGGGCGCCGGCCUGCUGGUGUCCCUCUGGUCUAUGAAGCUCUCAGCUGGCAGCAUGGAGUGUUUGUGGGGGCGGCCAUGAGGUCUGAGGCCACAGCAGCCGCCGAGCACAAAGGCAAAGUCAUCAUGCACGACCCCUUUGCCAUGCGGCCCUUCUUUGGCUACAACUUUGGCGAGUACCUGGCCCACUGGCUCAGCAUGGCCCAGCGCCCCUCGGCCAAGCUGCCCAAGAUCUUCCACGUCAACUGGUUCCGGAAGGACAAGGACGGCAAGUUCCUCUGGCCCGGGUUCGGGGAGAACUCCCGGGUGCUGGAGUGGAUGUUCCACCGGAUCAACGGGGAGGGCGGCGCCAAGCUCACGGCCAUCGGCUACGUCCCCACUGAGGAGGCCCUGAACCUGAGCGGCCUGGGCGACAUCAACACCAAGGAGCUCUUCGACAUCUCCCGGGAGUUCUGGGAGAAGGAGGCGGAGGACAUUCAGGCCUACCUGGAGGAGCAGGUGAACGCCGACCUCCCCCACGAGAUCCAGAGGGAGGUGCUGGCUCUGAAGCAGAGAGUCAGCCAGAUGUAG